CGCUUGUCAGGAACCGCACGAACCGGUGUCCUUGUGAACAUAUAAAUGCUAGGCUAUGCCACCAUUUCGAAUCUUGCAUCCCCCUUGGACCUCAGCGGAUCGCAUACUACCACUACUACAAUGUCCAUUUCAAGCGCUCUCACUCUCACCCCAGCUGAAGUUGCGGUUGCUCUGGUCGAGCAAGCUGUGGCCAAGCACAACACGCGGUUGGACAAGACCUUCUUCAAGGCGGUCCUUGCGGGUGUUAUGUUGUCCUUCGGCGGUCUCCUUGAUCUUAUUAUUAGUGGUGGCUCUCCAGGUCUGACAACUUCGAACCCCGGAAUUGUCAAGGUCCUUGGUGGUCUCGUAUUCCCUGUCGGGCUCGUUAUGAUCGUGCUCCAGGGUUUUGACCUGCUCACGAGUAAUCUUAUGACCUUCCCCAUGGCUGCAUUGAAGAGAGCGAUUCCCUGGUGGGGCGUUCCUCUCAACUGGAUUGUUGUCUUUUUCGGAAAUCUCGUUGGCAGUCUGUUCUUUGCAGCAAUCCUUUCGAAAUACGAUGGGCUAAUGGUGGCUGAUCCCUAUGCCUCGUACGUGAGGUCAUUCGCCAUUACGAAAGCCAUUACACCUGCCUGGUAUCAGAUUCUCCUUCGCGGCAUUGGUUGUAACUGGCUUGUUUGCAUAGCCGUUUGGCAAGGAAUGGGGGCCAAAGAAACUUUGUCGAAAAUCAUAGCUAUCUGGUUCCCCGUCUGGGUCUUUGUGGCUUGCGGCUUCGACCACGUUAUCGCAAAUAUGUUUUCACUCCCGUUGAGCAUCAUGCUUCACUCUGAGCUUACGACCGACCUGUACAUUCGCAAGUCGCUAAUUGCGGCUUUGAUUGGUAACAUUAUUGGAGGUCUCUUCGUGGGCCUACCAGCUGUGUAUUUCUAUCUUGAUGACUGGCAUGCCGGUGGCAUGCGUGAUGCGGAGGAGGCCCGGCUAGAGCGCAAAGACUCGGGGCCUAGUGACUCAGAAAAGUCCGCAUAGGCGGCUCAAUACUGGGACACUCAUCACUUUUUUAUUCAUUGGACGACUAUCUACGAACACAUGUCAGGCAACAUGAUCAACGGAGAACCCUGGAGCUACGAUGUACACUACUGGAAUGAAACGCGCUCGGUUCAUUCUCAGGCAAUCCUCUACGAGCGGUACACGAUGGGAGAGGAGAUUUACGUGUCAUGAACAUCAUACAUAUUGUACACAGUUGUAGGGGGAGCAGACGGAAGGGAUCGUAACAUAGUGUAUUGGACGAGUAUCGCAAGUAUUAAGCUUGCGGUACAUCGAUUUUUAUUAUGUUUUGUGUACUCUACAGGAAUUAUCAUGUUGACUGUACCAAUCGGAGCACAAGAUAGAUAUCGCUGUCAGUAAUACAUCAGGGAUCCGAAGAUCAUAAGACUUCUAACGUCACAGCCAGUAACUAUGUAAUAACAAUAUUAACCAAGAAUGUUCGUCACCAUCUG